CGAGAGAUGCUUUACAGAGGAGCUGUGGAGCGAGAAAGAAUGUAACAGGCAGAUAGAAGGAGCGCAGAAGAGAGACGGAGGAAAGCUGCUCUUUUUCUUUUCCCCUUCUACACGCUACUAUACCUGCUUUCUCACUCUCCUCCCACAUUGUGGGCUGUUCCCUCCCUCCCCUCCUCCCUCUCUGCCUCCUCCUAUCGUACACGCUAGCGCUUGCUUUGGGCUGGGAGUGUGGCGCACCUCUCCCUCUCUCUCAUCUCUCGGGUGCUUUUGUCUCUCGUUGCUCUGCCGCUGCUCUCACAGGGGACUCGUCGCCGGGAAACGGGAAUACAAACAUGGGAGUGACAGGCAGAUUGACUGCGGACAUGCUGGGAAUGGUGGUGGGAUUGAGUGGGAACGCCACUGGAUUUCCCCAACAAUUCCCUCUCCCUCCCACCGACAUGCAGGAUUAACCAGGAACACCAGUUGGAUUCCCCCAAUUCCCAUCGGAGCAGACACCUGCUGGACCACCUCUGCCUGUAUGACUACAACUGGGGAGAGGAAACGUAAAGAGAGAUGAGAGAAGAGGCUUAUGAGGCUAUCCAAGCCUAGGCCAAAAUGUGACAUUUAUUUGAGGAUUUUGAAAAAGGUCAAAACUAGAGAUUAUAAAAUAGUAUUAGUAUAUGGCCCUCCCAACUAGAGUGGAUUUGAGAAUGGGCCCUGUUUGGCUCCUCCUGCUGCUCCUCACACCCCUCCUUUCAGCACAGGUUAGCAUAGUUUCUGAAUUGGGGACUACAGCCGAGUCAGAGGACCCAACGGCGUCUGUUGUGAGCACUACAGGGGAGCCGGGCACCCCCUACAGCCCCGAUCCCUCAGGGUCGGUCACGAUCCCCUCGGAAGCCCCAAAGGAGGACUGGACGCCGGCAAAGGUCUUUCUCUACAGCGGGGACUACUCCGUCUUGGGGAUAGUGGAGUGCGACCGGGCGUACAGUCUCACGGGCCAGAACGGCCCCCUGCCGCGAGGGUUCUAUGGCCCCCUCCGACCGUCCAUGGACGCCCUGGCCAACACGGCCAACUUCCUCAACAUGAUCUUCCAGGCCAGCGACCUGCGGGAGAGCAGUGUGCGGGAGGACAUGGAGUGGUACCACGCCAUGGUGCGCGCUCUUCUGGAGGCCGACCCCCUCAUCCGGCAGGCCCUCCUCACCUUUGACGCCGACCCAGCCUCCACCAUCCCUCAGCUUGUGCUCCGCGCCUCCCGGAACCCUGCCCCCCCCAGGUACCAGAACAUCCUCCUCCAGGACCUCUCUAGCCAAUGGGAAAGUCUGCACCUCCCGGCCCCCGCACCCGACGACACCUGGUUCAGCAGUUUCAAGUUUCCCGCCACCUCCAACCAGCCCACCUCGACACUAUCUAAAAGAGUCCUCCUCAAUGACCUCAGCACCCUGGACACGCCCAAAUGGGGGCGGGGUGAUAGCUACGUGACCAAUCGCAGCGGGGUGCGCUGGGCCAAUGGGCCGUUCCUAGAGUGUGAGGACGGCCGCUUCCUGCCGGGCUGGCUGCUCACCCUAUCCACUUCCUUCUACGGCCUGAAGCCCGACCUCAGCCCUGAGUUUAGGGGUGUAAUCCGUGUGGAUGUAAACGUACAGGGCCUUGAUGUGAACCAGUGUGACACGGGGGACGCUUGGUUUGCCAACACACACCAGUGUAACCGCACCACCAUGGAGUGUGAGCCAAUCACAGGCCAGGGAUUCAGAUUGGGCCAGUACUGCUGUCGCUGCAGAGAGGGAUACUACAGCCCCCCAAUGGACGAAGGUGGUGCUCUGAACGGCAGCGGUGGGGAGGGGGGUGGCGUGUGUUACCCGGCCCUGCCCAUCUGUCUCCCCUGUUGGCCGGGCUGCAGGCGCUGCGAGGACGGCUCUCCCUGUUGGGUAGAGGAGGACUGGUUCCUCAGAGCCGGGGUGCUGGCCGUCCAGGGCUUCUUCAUGCUGCUGGUGUUCAUCAGCAUGCUGGUGGCCUACCAAUUCAGACGCAGCAGGAGAAUCCGGGCAUCAGGUCUCCUGCUGUUAGAGACCAUCCUGUUUGGCUCUCUGCUCCUGUACUUCCCGGUUUUCAUCCUGUACUUCAAGCCCAGCACCUUCCGAUGCAUCCUGCUUCGCUGGGUGCGACUUCUGGGCUUUGCCAUCGUCUAUGGAACGGUAACACUGAAGAUAUAUAGGGUUCUCAAGGUGUUCCUGUCGCGCACAGCCCAGAGAGUGCCCUACAUGUCCAGCAUACACCUGCUGAGGUUGCUGGGAAUUAUGGUUGUGACCGUCAGCUGGUUCUUGUGUGCGUGGACAGCGGGCGUUCUACAGAACCGUGACCGUAACGUUCCGUUACUGAUCAUAUCGACCACGUCGGAUGGUCAGGGCUUCAGCCUCUGUGACCUGGACCGCUGGGACUACAUGAUGGCCGUGGCCGAGCUGAUGUUUCUGUGCUGGGGCAGUUUACUGUGCAGUGCUGUGAAGCCAGUGCCCUCAGCCUUCCACGAGCCUCGCUACAUAGGUAUCGCCAUACACAACGAGCUGCUGCUAUCCUCCAUGUUCCACCUGCUACGGUUUGUCAUGCCCUCUCUGCAUCCUGACUGGAUGCUGUUGCUGUUCUUCACCCAUACGCAUGUCACUAUCACUGUGACACUGGCCCUGCUCUUCAUACCCAAGUUCCUCCAUGUUUCGAGGGCGGGGAGAGAGGAGAUUGCAGAGGAGGUUUAUGAGGAUGAGGUGGAAUUGCGGCGAUCCGGCUCGUACCUCAACAGCAGUUUUACCUCAGCAGUUUGGAGUGACCACAGCUUGGACCCGGAUGACAUUCGGGAUGAGCUGAAGAAAUUGUAUGGUCAAUUGGAGGUCCACAAGACCAAGAAGAUGACAGCAAACAACCCCCACCUGCAGAAGAAGCGCAGCUCUCGGCGCGGGCUGGGCCGGUCCAUCAUAAAGCGUAUCACUGAGAUCCCAGAGUCCAUGAGCCGACAGUGUAGCCGUGAUGGCAAAGAGGUCAACUUGGGCAGCAGGGAUGUUACGCACGCCGAGUCCAGUAAGAGAGCGCCAGAUACUUUUAGCGUAAAUUACAAAGAUCAACCAGUAAAGCAGCCUUCACCAGUGCUGCGUAAAUCUCAAAGUGACUAUGACUAUGUAACCGAUAAAGACCCCUCCUUGCAUGACUCCAUGUUAAGGGCGACUCUAGCUAAGAGAUGCUCACAGCGCUCUGAGACAGACUCGUUGUAUAUGGCACCAUUGGUCUGUAAGUCGGCCAGUGCCCAAAACCUUACAGUCGAUAACAAUCUCCUGCUUCCUGGACCUACCAAGCUACACAAGUCACUGAGUUUAGCGCCCAGUAAAACCCACAGUCUGGAAGACACCUCUCGGGUAGGCACAGAUACCGAAGGCGAGCAAGGGCAGUCCCAACAGGAUGUCGCUAUCAAGGACCAGACCUCAAGUGCCCUUGUGCAAUCCCAGUCCUAUGACAAGGCCGAAGUGUGUCCCUGGGAGCUUGCGGAGGAACGCCCUGCCAACAAGAACCAGCCACAUGUUACCUUUGCUCCCUCUGAGGAAGAACCAGAGAGCCCAGAGGGUUUAUCAUCACCAAUACUGAAACAUAUUUGCCCCUGGGACCAUUUACCAGUUCCUACCCCAGCAGAAAGUCCUGCUGGGGAUUCACAAGGCGGAGAGGCAGAAUGUGAGUCCCCGAGACCCCAGGCUCCCAACUCCGCUAGUGUACCUGGGUCCCCAAAGAACAUGCGGGUCUUCUCCUUCCGCACUUCCACCCAGAAAUGGCUCUCUGUAAAAUCUUUUGUAGGAUCUGUGGAUGCAGGCAUCAAGGAAAAAGACAAAAAGGAGACAGCAGGAGAUACGGUUAAGAAACUGGACUCAAUAUCACAAAAAAGCCAGGGGAGUGUAGCCACCAUCGCCGUUAUCGCAGCAUUAAAAUUAAAAACUCCAAGCAUUUCAAGCGCAGAAGUGAAAUCACAAAGUGUUUCAAACUUGGAGAAGAAAUAUAAUGUUUCAAGCAUAGACAAAAGGACACAGCAAAAAAGAAGCAUGACAACAGUAGAUGUGAAACCUGCCCUCGUGAAACAGGCUGCAAUCAGACUGUCCUCAAGUGAUUCCUCUGAAAGAAGUCCUAGGAGAAUAGUGGUUGUACAGUCCACUGUCUAUCCUUGGGAGUCAGAGGACAUGCAAAAGGACAGUAUGUAUGAAAACGUGUUCAUCUCAAGCAAAAACACUGCACAUAGCACAGCUAAGACUCCUUCCACUCACAGAAGGGGUUGCCAAAUUAGGCCUGCUCUGAGUGUUGCCCAAUCAGAUAUUAGCCCAUGGGAUGUUCCUGCUUCCUCCCAGCAAGCCCCACAGAGACAACAAAGCAUCAUAGCAGACAUCUGCCCGUGGGAGGUGGAGGAACCAGAGGAGGAUCCAAAGGCGCCUGUACGAUUCAGUGUAUGUCCUUGGGAAUCAGAAGAAGUAUUGAAAAGACAGGAGAGUAUCCGGGGAGAAGUAUGCCCUACGGAAGCUAUUGUUUCCGCCAUCCCAAUUACUUCAGCGUCCAACCAGUCUGAGAAGAAAUCAGAGGGUCUGAACAAGAAACCAACAGACGUAUGUCCUUGGGAAACCGAUGAAACCCCACAGAUUUCUCAAGGCCUAAAACCCCAAGAGAGUGUACGGGUUGAUGUCUGCCCUUGGGAUGUGGGGGAUUCCUUCCCUGAAAAAGUAAAGGUGGCGAUUAUUUAUGAAAAUGUUCAUCCACAGGAGAACAAGGGAUUGCAUAAGGCGCCACCAAAAUGUCAGGAGACAAUACAUGCAAAUGUCUGUCCAUGGGAAUCUGAAGAGACCCCAAAAUCCCAAGACGGUGUACGGGAGAAUGUCUGUCCUUGGAAAUCAACGGACAUGCCAAGCAUUGGGAAGCAAGAUGUACAAACAAAAAGCACAGAGCAACCUAAAUCUGCCCCUGAAAAACGAAGUGUCCCCAUAGCGAAAGCAUGUCCAUGGGAAUUCCCUGACCCACCGAAAGACUUGACAGUACUUUGUCCUUGGGAAAAGGAGGAGAGUCCAAUGCCACCCAUAGCCAUAAAGAUCACCAAAGGAUCAUUUUCCCAGGAGACCACUGUUGCAAAAACCAAUAUUUGUCCAUGGGACAUUGGAGACCAAGAAGAGACAGAAGGAAAAGACAGCCCUUGUACAAAUGUUUGUCCUUGGGAAACCCAAGGCAGAACUCAAGCUGAUCCAAAAAAGACUGACAGCGUUCAAGUAAAUAUUUGUCCUUGGGAGACUGAGAAACCAGAGCAGCAAGAAAGCACUCCGGCUAUUGUCUCCAUAGAAACAGGAAAGACUAAAAGACCAGACAGUGCUCUGGCAGAUGUUUGUCCUUGGGAAACAGGGGCAACUGAUGAGCCAGACAAGACAAAAAGACGAGAUGGCACUCAAAUGGAGUUUGGUCCAUGGGAAACUGAGGAUCCAAAAAAGACAGAGGAGAAAGAUGGUGUCAAAGUUGAUGUUUGUCCUUGGGAAACUGGAGAGACUGAAAAGACAAAUGGAAAAGACAGUACUAAAGCAGAUAUCUCCAAGGAAACACAAAAAGAGAAAAGACGAGAUAGUGUUCAAGUUAAUAUUUGUCCUUGGGACACUGAUGUCCCCGAAGAACCAGAAAAGAUGAAAAAGCAAGACGGUGUUCGGGCAGAUGUUUGUCCUUGGGAAACUGGUCCAGCUGAAGAGUCAGAAAAGACUAAAGGCCAGGAUAGCACCAAGGUAGACAUUUGUCCAUGGGAAACUGGUCCAGCUGAAGAGUCAGAAAAGACUAAAAGCCAGGACAGCACCAAGGUAGACAUUUGUCCAUGGGAAACUGGUCCAGCUGAAGAGUCAGAAAAUACUAAAAGCCAGGACAGCACCAAGGCAGACAUUUGUCCAUGGGAAACUGGUCCAGCUGAAGAGUCAGAAAAUACUAAAAGCCAGGACACCACCAAGGCAGACAUUUGUCCAUGGGAAACUGGUCCAGCUGAAGAGGCAGAAAAUACUAAAAGCCAGGAUAGCACCAAGGCAGACAUUUGUCCAUGGGAAACUGGUCCAGCUGAAGAGUCAGAAAAUACUAAAAGCCAGGACAGCACCAAGGCAGACAUUUGUCCUUGGGAGACCGGGGAUCCUAUAGAACCAGAGAAGAUAAAAAAGCAAGAAAGUGUUCGAGAAGACGUUUGCUCAUGGGAAACUGAUGAAACAGAAAAGUCUGCAGAGAAAGAGGAAACUAUGAUUGCCAGUGGCAUACAGGACAUCACAGAGACCCAGGGUGCACUCUCUAUGGAAGAGGGUGACGCUGCAGAACCUGUAGCCGGCAGCACACAGACGGCAGAGGCAGCCAAAGCUAAUAUGCCCCUGGCUCGGCGUGAUGCUAUGUGCCCUUGGGAGAUGGAAGGGACCAAAUCACCAUCAUCCCCGUCAUCCAUCACAGAACACGACAAUAACUCUGACGUUUUUACAUGGGAGCCUGAAAACAUUCUUGAAGAGGAAGAGGAAGAGGAGGAAGACGAUGCCGAGAGUGCUGCUGAAGCCUUCGUCUUCCCAUCCGACUUGUAAACGCCAAGACUGUCAAUUACUGGCUAGAACAAGAAUGGUCUCAGUGGGUUGUUGCACCCGAUUCACUGACUGGGUCACUGUGCAAAGCUGUCCCAUAGCAGGGGGGGUAAUGAAUAGGACAUGACCUUUGCAAACCUGAAUGUAGCAAAGGCCCCUGGACUGUCCAUCCAUAACACUCCCCAGAAAAACACUGCUCCACAAGCAAUACGCCCCUGGGCCAGGAUCUGCAAAUGCUCUGCCCACCAGAGGUACAUUUACCCUCCCAGGUUCUCAAUCAGAGAAAGCUUCUGGAUGCAGUCCCUCUUCUUCUUACCACUUUGACCCCUUUUAGAAAUGUAUAUUGUUUUCGGUCUUUCUGUGUUUCAGUGACAAUGGGCUCUUCUGUAUCACACAGUUAAAACCCCAUCGCCAUGGCUGUGAAAGGUUGACAAUGUGUUUAAAUAACAGCCUGAGCUUGACGAAGCUGGCGAUAACUCCUUAUAGACACACCAGACUAAUCUACACCAGACCAGUGCUCCUUCAGGUUAACCUGGAAGCACAUCCAGCAUUUUUGUAAAUCACUGAUUACAAUGGUGGUGAUGCAUGUCCUUUUGUUGCCUGCUAUAAACACAUUCCAAACAAUUUAAGGACAGCUUUCCAGCUGUAAUAUAAAUCUGUGCUUUUUCAAAGUCAAUUGUGUCAAUUACAAAGUCGUGGCUACAAGGAUAUCAAAUGUAAUGUCAGUAAUGUGGAUCAACAACAUGAUCAUGUCCCCACAGACACAGAGCUAAUAUUAAUAAUACAUCUAACUUUAACAGAGAACUUAAAUCAUACUAAUUCAAUACUGACUUGUGAAGAACUAGCUAUGAUCUGUUAUUUUGAAUAAUUUACAAUACCAAUUUUAUUAAAGAAGAAAACACAUGAAUUCAUAUUUAAAAUUUUUAAAAAGGUAGAUCUACACUUUGAGGAAGACCAAACCUUUUUUCACAUUAUUUUUUUUAAAGCAUACAACUCAAUUUGGAAACAGUUGCCCUAAAAAGAACUGCACCCUAGUAUAGUCCUGCUAAAACUGUACAUAAGGCCAUUGUCAUUGAUUUAUUCACCAUUUCCAUGCUUUAUUUACCAAAUGUAUCCAUCCAUCUUGGCCACAUCUCCGCAUUCAGUGGAAAUUAAAGUUUGUGCGGUGGUGAUAUCAUGUUAUUCGCAAUGGACUAACUUCGUUUUGUGAGCGAUUUUUGAAUGGGUGUGCUGUCUUUUUGUUAAGUAGAAUGAAACACCAUUACACAAUGCAUCCUUUGUGUAUGCAAGUUGAAAGUGAUUUCUGUUGAUUUCAGUUAUUUUUGUAUGUUUUGCUUAUGAAAAGUACAGAUUAUUCGGAUAUAAAAUGUACAUUCACUGAAAUCAAAAAGGUAUGAAAAAAGAGAUGGGACAUUUUAUUUUUGUAUUCUUUAAAUUAACAUGUAAUAUAUUCACCAUUGAAAUAAACCAUACAAAUCUGGACAAUA